AUGGGUACCAUUGCGCCCUUGCGGUCUCCCUUGAUUCGCGCCGGUUCCUCCACAACGUCCGCCUUUCAGCGGGUACAGAACGGCAUCGGCCAUUUAGUCGCCACUGCGGCACCCGACACCAGCAAGAGCAGUACUGGCGGUACGGAAUACAGCACCUACCUGACUCGCGUCAGUCACCAAGCACCCGCACGUUUGAUUCCACUGCAAUCCAGUGCCGUCCAAGCGGCCGGCGCCACGAUUGCCUACCUCGGUAACUACGGUGGCGGCAUCCUCCCCGGCGAUACGCUCCACUACCGAGCGGAUGUUCUGUCGCACGCUACUCUCGCCCUGCUGACGCAAGGAUCCAAUCGUGUCUACCCGCAAUCCAGUCUCCCACAAACCGUUGAUGGUAUUGCAACAUCACCAGGACCGCAAACGACCAAACCCAGUCGCAACGUCCUGGAUCUGCGUGUCGACGAACACGCGUUGUGCGUCGUGACCCCGGAUCCAGUGACACCCUUUCGGGGCAGUGUUUUGGAACAGAUACAGACAGCCGUCAUCGAUCCUAAUGCGUCCUUGGCCUUGGUGGAUUGGAUCUCCUCCGGUCGUUACGUCCGCGGAGAACGAUGGGAACAAACCUCGCUGCUAAAUCAGACGGAAAUUUACUUCAACGACCACGACUCGUCUCAUCCCGUCCUCGUUGAUCGUGUCAUCCUGGACGGCAACACCGGUAUGGACUUUCGGAACGCGUCUUUGCAAUUCAACGCCUACGCCUCCCUGGUCCUGUACGGAUCCCGGGUCGAAGCCGUCGUCGAGCGCUGCCACGACAUGGCUGCCAGCUUGGCGCGUCCCUACACUCGGAUUCGGGAGCGUACCCCCAACACACGGACACAAACUCGCAAUAGCGAUCAUGACAAUCUUCCGUUUGAUGGGAGCUGUUUGGCGGGACGCGUCCUCUGCAGCGUCACCACGGUACCUACACGCCACGCUGAUGUGUACGUCGCGCGACUGGCAGCCUGCUCCAACGAAGACUUGUACCGCGUUUUCCACCAUUUAUUGCAACCCACCGCGGAGGACUUGGGCUACCCCAUUUACCGUGAUCGCAUUCGGGCCGUCACGUCAUCGCCCGUGCGGAACAUUUCCGCAGUUCCGGAAUCGACGUCACGAUUGGAGGAGAAUGCCGCGUCUGUGGCGAUCGUUCCCACCGCUGACGAUCACCUUGUACCGCCUCCAUCGAGUGACGCCACUUAUUGGAAUGCCUUUGUAUUGGCUGACUCGGCCUUGCCGACGGGAAGCUUUGCCCACUCGGCCGGCUUGGAAGCCGCUGCGCAACUGGGUCUCGUAGCGGCGGGCAACAACGACAAUUCAAUGGUUUCCGAUCUCGUCCGCGCCACGGCCACAUCCACUAUGCAAACCGUCACGCCCGCACUUCUCGCUAGCCACAAGGAAGCUUCUUCUAGCGCGUUCGGUGCCGACGGAGAGUUGGAUGCAGAAUUUAUCACACGUUGGAACCACUUAGAUCGAAAUCUCCAUUCCUUGCUGGUCGGCAACGGACCGGCUUGUCGAGCCUCCCUAGACCAAGGUCGCAACUUGUUGCGCGUGGUGCAGGUUUGGUUCCAGCAAGGUACCAAAACACACACAAAAGUGACUACCAAUCAAGUACUGUCGAUCUUGCAAGCUCGCGUUCGAGACGACCCCAGCGCCGGUCAUUUACCCACUAUUUUUGGUGCCGUUGCGGCCUUGUUGGACUUGACCGCCCCGCAGGCGUGUCAGCUUCUAGCGUACUGUGUCGCUCGGGAUGUGGUGUCGGCCGCCGUGCGCCUCAAUCUGGUGGGUCCCAUGGCUAGUGUUGGGAUUUUGUCCGAUGCGCAGCAGGCCGGUCAGCGAGGAAUUGCACUGGGACGCACUUCAUACGAAAACGGACUCUCUGGAGGAAAAGGCUCCGGCGCCUCCUGUGCCCCCGUAUUGGACGUCCUGCAACCGUGCCACGAUUUGCUGUCAACUCGCCUGUUUCGGACGUGACGAUUGAGAAGAGAAAACAUGCCGAAUGUGAAUUCUAGAAAUUAUGCAAUGUCUGAUAAGAGGCCGUACUUUAAAACAAACUUCCUUAUGACUAAAAAAACUCGACGAACG